AUGCUCAAGCAUCAAGACUGGUCGGAAGCUCUUGCGGAGGCUAAGCUAAAUGUUUUGCGGAUUGAGUUCACAGAUGGACUUCAACCUAAGGCCCUCGGCAUGCAUCCACCACACAACCUUGGCCAGUAUGAUGAGAACUGGCGCCAGAUUACGAACCUCAUCAUUGAAUCACAGGCGCUCAACAUCGUGCUCACACUUCCUGAGGUUAAAAUCCAGAAGCACCUCGACCGGAUCUGGGGUAGCUGGAGAGAGAUGCGCAAGACAAACGGAUUCGCUGGCUUCUACGGCAAUCACCAAAAGGAGCCCUUUGUUAAGAGUGGCGGCCUAACCGAUCUGGUGCCUCGAGAGAAACGACCCAUGGGUUUUACUUACUCGGCGCGAGUUGGAUUCAUGCAUAGACAUGAAUAUGUGGCAACUCUAGCCUAUGGUUACAUUGAUGAAAAUUACCACCAGAGUAGAGCCGCGAAGCGCGUGGCGGAAGGAUACCUGGCGGCGAGACUCAUGGAGCGAAAUCAGAUUCUUUCCGCUUGCCAUGAAAUGUGGUCAAAAAAUAGAGCAAUGGAGCAUAUUUGGGACUUUCUCCUCAUGCAACGCGCGUCAGAGCUUCCCGAUGUUGAUUUCUACGGAACACUUAAUCCAAAUUAUGACUUCACGAGCCUGCUGUCCACCGGGAACGGGAAAGACAUACUGGGCCUGUCAUAUUGUGGCCCCCUUGUUGAAUCCGCGCAGCUCGAUAAUGGGUUGCCGCAUCGAUUUCUGGCUUUAGCAGCCACGAAGGAGCAAGCUGAUAAGUUUGCUGCGGACUUGCGAAAGUACCUCUCCGACAACGUUCAUCUUCUUGAUAAAAAGGAUGUUCUCGUAAUUCGAGAAUUGAACGAGGCCACGCGACAACUUCAGGAUGAUGUUGUUCAGAGCGCUGAUGUGCUUGUGGCAAUACCCGAUGCGGCAUGCCAUGAGUAUCUGCGCCAUAUCUUCAAGCCUACCCACAUUGUCGUGGAUCAGGCAAAUCGAAUUUCCGAGCCACGAUUAUCGCCAUUGAUGGCGUGGUACACGCACGCAAGCAAUGAACAAUUCAAGGCUAUGGUGCUUAUUGGGGAUCAAAAACAACUCUCUCCCACUGUGAAUGCUGAUGUUCCAGCAUUCGCAUGA